UUGGAUUCCAAUAGAGAAAGCACUUACAACGAAGAAAAUGAAAUUUGCUGCGUUUUUUAUUCUUCUGAUUACUUUCCAUGGGACCAUGGCCGAUGAAAAACAAACUCGUCUCUGUGGAACCAGUUUGGAUCAGGCGAUGCAGAUAAUAUGUGCAGAAACAGGUCUAAAUACGAAAACCAAAAAGUCAGCAAAUUAUUUGGAAUCAAGUUCCUUAUCUGAAACGCUUGAUCCGAUGACCGCUCUAACUGGCAUUCUACUCAGAGAAGAAGCCAAUAUGAUGGCUAAAAUCCGCAGGCGCCGUGAUGGUAUUGUCGACGAGUGCUGCAAAUAUAAAGGUUGUACAAUGAAUGAGCUGUUGGCCUAUUGCAAACCAAAAAACGAGUAAUGCUAGGUAUUUGGACACGCAAAAACAUCAAAAGAAUUCGUACGAAAUAUACCAAAAUUGAAAUUAUAUGACUGGGAACGUCCCAUCUUAAAUACAAUAGAUAUCAAAAUUAACAAUUUCAUAGAUGUCGUAACUGAAUAAAAGAUGGUUACGUAAACAGCA